AUGAGUGUUUUUUCGAAAUCUGUACUUUUCAGCCCCUCUCUUCGUGGAGUGCCAUCAUCAGUGAACUAUGGCACAACUCAGCAACACACAACCACCACAAACUCAGUGAGUGCACGACCUGCAGGACAGCACAGUCCACAGGCGCAGCACUCACCAAAUCCUCCUCCAGUUCCGUCAAAUCCUCCUCCAGAGUCGCGUGUGCCCGAGUCAGUACGAAGCGCUGUUUCACCCCGAAGAGCUAAAUCGCCUAGACAAUGGCCGCCCGAGAGGGGUCUACCCACACUUCGAUACUGGCAAAUAGACCCCGCGUCUCAAUCCAGAAAAGAAAAGGAGAAUGAGCCUUCGUCCUUGUAUGAAAUGGUGGAGGCCACUGAUAGAGAAGAAGUGAGGAGCUCCAGGAAGGGGCGAAGAUACAAAGAUCCGCAUUUGACCCCUCAAUUUUCUCAUCCAGAAAUUGCUGAGAAUGAAUCGCAUCAAAAAGAGAUUUCAGACAAAAAUAGUACAGCCCACUCAAUGACCUCUCCUACUCCUCUCUCUGCCAAACCGACAAUCAACAACGGUAUCCAUUGGACGGUUAUUCAUGCGCCAUGCACUUCAGAAUUGAGAGCGCAGCAUCCAAGAGUGGAAACUCCCACAAUCGAUCGCCCACAAAAGUUGUCCGAUGUCCCAGAACUGAUUGUGACUCAACCUGAUUCUAAAAUCACCUCCCAGACAGCUCCACAAAACCAAACAAGUACUCUUCUUCCUCCCCAAACAACCGACUCGAGCACGUCACCUAUACCUAUCGUUGAGCUCCCGAGACGACGGUCAUGCGCUGAAGAUCCUUCGACGAUAGUUCGUGCGCUGUCCCCAGCUCCGUUCAGGAAAGCUUCACCAAGUAUUAUUCCCUCAGCACCGCGAGAUCUUCUCCAUCCUUCAGAACCAUCAGUACCAGGAGAUUCUCUCCAUCCCUUAGAAGUCGAUACAUCGGAUCAUCCAUACCCAUCUCUUGUUGGUGUGAAUACAACACCCCGACCGUUCUCCAUUCGUAAUCGAUCCCCUUCACCGGUUCCUACCAUUGAGGAAAAACCAAAGCGACCUAAAACGUUGAAAAAAGUGGACUUCUCCAGAGCUACCGUUAUCCCUGAGCCUUGGAACGACACUUGUGAAGCGAACAAUGAAGAAGAUGUUUCGACUGAGCCGUCUCCGACGGUUUCCUUGCCAUUCACUCCUCCGGGUGGCAAAGAGGCGCCAUCGAUGGACGCUGCCACCCCGUACGAUGGCGACGAAUCGGAAAUCUACGACAACAAAAGUGACAACGCUUCAACCCUUGAGAUGGAGCUGGCGGACGAACAAGAGCAGUGGAUGAGGGAGGAGCUGGAAUUGGCACAGAAGGAGGAAUUGGCCAAAUUGAGCCCAUUGCAGAAUGACAAGGAUCCCGAUCAAAAAGAGGAGUGGCGCCAACAGGCCAUGGCACUUUUGAACGACGAUACCCAAAUGGAGCGAGAUUUUGCCAUUGUUGCCGCUCUCAAUGAACGUCUCCAGGGUCUUAAGGACAUGGAAGAGGAGGAUAGGCAGAGGGCUAUUGAGUGUAUUGAAAGGCAUCAGAGCAAUCUCGAAGAACAGCAGGACCAGCUGAGCGCGCUGCUCGACAGCGCCAUUGCUUUCUUGAAAAAUUUAGACACUUCACCUUCAAUGGCCGCUUCUGAGAAGUCUCACCCAAAGAGAGAGUCGCCUGAGCCAGCUGUCGUGAAAACCGAUCCUCUUUGUUGUGCACGUGGAGAAUUAGAGACCACCUCCGAUCGCUUCAUAGGUCCCGGUGAUUUCAUUGCCGAGAAAUUGGAGCAAAUCUGUGCCAAUGAUGGCCAAUCCUUCACACGUUCGACCUUUGAACAACACACUGAACAACGCACGACAACUGGAGGUGGAGCAGCGGGUGCACCGUCCGGAAAGCUAUUGGAAACCAGAGGACACGGCUCUCUCAAUAACCCUGGGGGUCGAAUCCCCUACUGUGAGUCCUGCAAGCAGCAAAUCAGAGGUGCUUUUGUACUGGCUACUGGAUUGGCUUGGUGCCCGGAACACUUCGUGUGUGCUUAUCGCGGAUGCGGUCGACGCCUUUUGGAAUGUGGUUUCGUCGAAGAGAGUGGAUCCAAAUACUGUGAGGGAUGCUUCGAAGCCCACAUCGCUCCGCGCUGCGCCAAGUGUUCCAAACCAAUCAUUUCGGAUUGUUUGAAUGCGAUGCAGAAGAAAUGGCAUCCCACAUGCUUCACUUGUGCCCACUGCCAUAAACCGUUUGGGAAUACCGCGUUCUAUCUAGAAAAUGGCCUAGCUUAUUGCGAGAGUGAUUGGAACGCAUUGUUCACAACGAAGUGUGUGUCAUGUAAGUAUCCGAUCGAAGCUGGAGACAGAUGGGUAGAAGCUCUCGGCAAUGCUUUCCACUCGAAUUGCUUCAACUGCACUCGUUGCCAUUCGAAUUUGGAAGGUGAAAGUUUCUUCGCAAAGAAUGGCCAACCCUACUGCAAAAUGCAUGCAUAA